CGUAAUUGGUGAGAAUCUCCAUUGGAGAUGUUUCAGAUCAUCAGGUGGAUGUAGUAAAUAGGUUGUCGCGUCAACUGCGCUCCCACCGCCCGCUAUAAUUCGCCUUUAUAUUCAGAACCAUGUUCAGUUCCCGGUACCUUCCCCAUCCGCGCGUUGCUUAGCAGGCUACUGAAAAGCGUUCUUUAUCGUCUUUCAUCCGACCCCACCCCUUCUCAUAGCAUCCUAGCAAAUCCCCGGCGGUGACUGGAGAGUUAAACGCUGAAAACUCGUAGGGUAGUCUCCAUCCAAGACCACCAACAUGUUGGACCCAUCUUCCAGUGAGGAGGAAGCGGAUGAGAUGGUAGAAGAAGAACGCAAAGAGGUGUUGGCACCAAGUACCGGGGGCGCACGGGUGUCACCCAGCCGGACCACCGAGAGUUCUGGUGGGCUCCAGCCCUCGAGCCGGGGAAGCAGUGCUCGCCCAUCCAGCCCCAGCCCCUCGGUGGCCAGCGAUAAGGAGAAAGAUGAUCUGGAAAAGAUGCAGAGGGAGGAGGAAGAGCGAAAGAAGAGGCUCCAGCUCUAUGUCUUUGUAAUGCGCUGCAUUGCCUACCCUUUUAAUGCCAAGCAACCCACCGACAUGGCCAGACGACAGCAGAAGAUCAGUAAGCAGCAGCUACAGACAGUGAAGGAGCGUUUCCAGGCCUUCCUAAGUGGUGACACCCAGAUAGUGGCAGACGAGGCCUUUAUCAAUGCAGUCCAAAGCUACUAUGACGUGAGGCCCAACUCUAUAUUUUUGAAAAGUGACCGUGUGUGCCGGAUGGUCCAGAGCGGAGGCUGCUCGGCCAGUGACUCGCGGGAGGUCUUCAAGAAGCACAUUGAGAAGCGUGUCCGCAGCCUGCCCGAGAUCGACGGUCUGAGUAAAGAGACGGUGCUCAGCUCCUGGAUGGCCAAGUUUGACACCAUCUACCGUGGAGAGGAGGACCCCAGGAAGCACCAGCAACGGAUGACUGCCAGCGCAGCCUCAGAGCUCAUCCUCAGUAAGGACCAGCUCUACGAGAUGUUCCAGUCCAUCCUGGGCAUCAAGAAGUUUGAGCACCAGCUCCUCUACAACGCCUGCCAGCUUGAUAACCCUGACGAGCAGGCUGCUCAGAUCAGGAGAGAGCUGGAUGGACGACUGCAAAUGGCUGAUCAGAUCGCCAGGGGCGGUAGGUUUCCCAAGUUUGUUUCCAAAGAGAUGGAGGCCAUGUUCAUAGAGGAGCUGAGAUCCUCAGUGAACCUGCUUAUGGCUAACCUGGAGAGCAUGCCUGUGUCCAAGGGAGGAGAGUUCAAACUGCAGAAGCUCAAACGAGGACACAACAGCUCCAUCAUAGACAUGGGCCAGGAGGACGAGAACACACUGUCCAAGUCUGAUGUGGUGCUCUCCUUCACUCUGGAGGUGGUGAUUGUGGAGGUUCAGGGGUUAAAGUCGCUGGCGCCCAAUCGCGUCGUCUACUGCACCAUGGAAGUGGAGGGGGGGCAUAAGCUCCAGACUGACCAGGCCGAGGCCUCCAAACCAACCUGGGGGACCCAGGGGGACUUCACCACCACACACCCCCUGCCAGCCGUAAAGGUGAAGCUGUUUACUGAGAGCACAGGAGUACUGGCCCUGGAGGACAAAGAGCUGGGCAGGGUUGUGCUCCAUCCGACCCCCAACAGUCCCAAACAGUCAGAACUGCACAAGAUGUCCGUGUCCAAAGGCUGUCCUGACAGUGACCUGAAGAUCAAACUGGCCAUCCGCAUGGACAAGCCACAAAACAUGAAGCACUGUGGGUACCUGUGGGCUAUUGGUAAAAAUGUGUGGAAGAGAUGGAAGAAGAGAUUCUAUGUCUUGGUGCAGGUGAGCCAGUACACCUUUGCCAUGUGCAGCUACAGAGAGAAGAAGGCAGAGCCUGUGGAGCUGCUCACACUGGACGGCUACACUGUAGACUACACCGACCCUCAGCCAGGUCUGGAAGGUGGGAGGACCUUCUUCAACGCAGUGAAGGAGGGCGACACUGUGAUCUUUGCCAGUGAUGACGAGCAGGACCGUAUCCUGUGGGUCCAGGCCAUGUACCGGGCCACGGGCCAGUCCCACAAGCCCAUCCCCCCCACCCAGGUCCAGAAACUCAACAACAGAGCCGGCUCUGCACCCCAGCUAGACGCACCCAUCUCCCAGUUCUACGCGGACCGGGCACAGAAACACGGCAUGGAUGAGUUCAUCUCAGCCAACCCUUGUAGUUUCGACCACUCUUCCCUAUUUGAGAUGGUGCAGUGUCUCACCUUGGACCACAGGCUCAAUGACUCCUACUCCUGUUUGGGCUGGCUCAGUCCAGGCCAGGUGUUUGUCAUGGAUGAGUACUGUGCUCGUAAUGGUGUGCGGGGGUGUCACAGACACCUGUGUUACCUGGGCGACCUGCUGGAGCGGGCAGAGAACGGGGCUAUGAUUGACCCCACCCUGCUACACUACAGCUUUGCUUUCUGUGCCUCACACGUCCACGGCAACAGGCCUGACGGGAUAGGGACGGUGACUGUGGAGGAGAAGGAGCGCUUUGAGGAUAUCAAGGAGAGGCUGCGUGUUCUGCUGGAGAACCAGAUCACACACUUCAGGUACUGUUUUCCAUUUGGUCGACCGGAGGGGGCCCUGAAAGCCACUUUGUCCCUGCUUGAGAGGGUGCUGAUGAAGGAUAUCGUCACCCCUGUGCCCCAGGAGGAGGUGAAGACAGUCAUCCGUAAAUGUCUGGAGCAGGCAGCCUUGAUCAACUACCAGCGCCUCUCAGAAUACGCCAAAGUAGAAGGGAAAAAGAGAGAAAUGUAUGAGCAUCCUGUCUUCUGCUUGGCGUCUCAAGUGAUGGAUUUAACCAUUCAGAAUGUAGGGCGCUUAGUCACCCCUGCCAAAAAGCUGGAGGACACCAUACGUCUGGCCGAGCUGGUCAUCGAGGUCCUCCAACAGAAUGAGGAGCAUCACGCAGAGGCAUUUGCGUGGUGGUCAGACCUGAUGGUGGAACAUGCAGAGACCUUCUUGUCUCUUUAUGCAGUGGACAUGGAUGCGGCACUGGAGGUUCAGCCCCCUGACAGCUGGGACAGCUUCCCUCUCUUCCAGUUGCUCAAUGACUUCCUGAGGACCGACUAUAACCUGUGCAAUGGGCAGUUCCACAAACACCUGCAGGACCUAUAUGCCCCACUGGUGGUGCGAUAUGUGGACCUCAUGGAGUCAUCAAUCGCCCAGUCCAUCCACAGGGGCUUUGAGAGAGAGUCCUGGGAGCCUGUCAAUAACGGCUCGGGGACGUCAGAGGACCUGUUCUGGAAGCUGGACGCUCUACAGACCUUCAUCAGAGACCUGCACUGGCCUGAGGAGGAGUUUGGUAAACACCUGGAGAGCAGGCUGAAACUCAUGUCCAGCGAUAUGAUCGAGUCCUGCAUCAAACGGACGCGGGUGGCCUUUGAAGCCAAGCUUCAGAAGAGCAGUCGGACCACAGACUUCCGGGUGCCUCAGUCCAUCUGCACCAUGUUCAACGUGAUGGUGGAUGCAAAGGCCCAGUCAGCCAAGCUGUGUGCCAUGGAGCUGGGACAGGAGAGACAGUACCAUUCCCAAAUUGACGCUCUCAUAGAGGAGACUGUGAAGGAGAUGAUCACCUUACUGGUAGCCAAGUUUGUGGUCAUUCUAGAUAGUGUCCUAGCCAAACUGUCCAGAUACGACGAGGGCACUCUCUUCUCCUCCUUCCUCUCUUUCACAGUGAAAGCUGCCUCAAAGUAUGUGGAUGUACCUAAGCCUGGGAUGGAUGUUGCCGACGGUUACGUGACCUUUGUGCGCCAUUCUCAGGACAUGCUGCGGGAUAAGGUCAAUGAGGAGGUUUACAUAGAAAGGUUAUUUGAUCAAUGGUACACCAGCACCAUGAACCUCCUGGGUACGUGGCUAACUGACCGGAUGGACCUGCAGCUCCAUGUCUACCAGCUCAAGAUCCUAAUCAGAGUAGCCAAGAAAAAGUACCGUGACUUCCGGCUGCAGGGCGUCCUGGACUCCACGCUGAACAGUAAGAUGUAUGACACGGUGAGGAACAGACUGACCCUGGAAGAGGCCACAGCAUCGGUGAGGGAAGGAGGGAUGGCGGGUAUAUCCAUGAAGGACAGUGAUGAAGACGAUGAUGAUGUCUAGAGCAACAUCACGGGAUGAAGGAGCCAUUCGCAUCCGUCUUAACCUGUGAAUCAAUGCAUGUACUGUACCUACCAACUGUGUUAUUUUUCUCUGUCAGAUAGAAAUACCCACAAAGGAACAAAAAUACAAAUUAAUAACUGAAUACAGAAAUUAAAAUGAUAUUAGUCAUUAUAAUUAUGAAAUAUAUUUAAUUGUUUAACUAAAGUGUAGGUGUUUUAUGAAAAAAGUUAGCUGAGAUUUCUGGCUCAUUCUCCUAAAUUCACUCCUGAAUGUUUCUAAGCAAUAUGGAGAACCAUGUGUAUGUGGUGUUGAGUACAAUGAUUAGGGGUAAUGCUUGGUGUGUUGAAUGAUUAGGGGUAAUGCUUGGUGUGUUGAAUGAUUAGGGGUAAUGCUUGGUGUGUUGAAUGAUUAGGGGUAAUGUUUGGUGUGUUGAAUGAUUAGGGGUAAUGCUUGGUGUGUUGAAUGAUUAGGGGUAAUGCUUGGUGUGUUGAAUGAUUAGGGGUAAUGCUUGGUGUGUUGAAUGAUUAGGGGUAAUGCUUGGUGUGUUGAAUGAUUAGGGGUAAUGCUUGGUGUGUUGAAUGAUUAGGGGUAAUGCUUGGUGUGUUGAAUGCAAACCUGUUGAGGCGCUUUGUUAACGUACUGUGAAAACAGUAAUGCUACAUCAUUGUGAGGAGGAGAGUAGGACCUCCUAUUGUUCUUAUUCCUCUCAGAGUGAAUGUCUACUGCCUAAAGGGAACCAAACCACAGUCAGACAGACUACCUGUUUGUAUCUAGGUUACAAUACAUUAUAAAACGUAGCCAUCCAUCCUCUCUUAACAACAUCAAUGUAGAAUUGACUUUUGUCGACUGAAUUCAGUACUACUACAAAAAUGUUCCCUCACUGGUAAAACAUUUAGCCCCCUUUUUAAACAAUGUCGUUGUUUUUUUUAAAUGCAAUAUUUUCAUUGUUUCGUUGUUAUAUCUUGUGGAUGUAUUUAUUGAUCAUUGUAUGUUUAAAAAAUAAUAACAAUUAAAAAAUAUAUAUAUUUUAGUAACAGUGAGCUCCAAAAGUAUUUGGACAGUGACAAAUGUUUUGAUGUUUUGGCUCUGUACUCCAGAACUUUGGAACUAUCCAAUGACAGGGAGGUCAAAGUGCAGACUGUCAGCUUUCAUUUGAGGGUAUUUUCCUCCAUAUCGUGUGAACCGUUUAGAAAUUACAGUACUUUUUGUAUUUUUUACUACUUUAAUACACAUACAAAAGAAAUGGGGGGACUAUGUAUGUGUAUUAAAGUAGUAAAAAAUAUUUGGUCCCAUAUUCAUAGCACGCAAUGACUACAUCAAGCUUUUGACUACAAAUGUAUUGGAUGCAGUUGUUGUUGGUUUUGGUUGUAUUUCAGAUCAUUGCAUUCCCAAUAGAAAUUAAUGGUAAAUCAUGAAUUGUAUUUUAUUGUAAACAAGAAUAGAAUAUGUUUCUAAACACUUCUACAUUAAUGUGGCUGCUAUCAUGAUUAUGGAUAAUCCUGAAUGAAUCGUGAAUAAUGAUGAGUGAGAAAGUUAGACACACAUAAUACCCCAAGACAUGCUAUCCUCUCACCAUUAGACUAACAGGGGAGGUUAGCAUUUUGGGGGGAUAUGAUAUUUGUGUGUAACUUUCCCACUCAUCAUUAUUCACGAUUAAUUCAGGAUUAGCCGUAAUCAUGGUAGCAUCCACAUUAAUGUAGAAGUGUUAAGAAACAUACUAUAUUCUUAUUUACAAGUAAUUGUAUCAUUUCAAAUCCAAAGCGCUGGAGUACAGAGCCAAAACAACCACACAUUUGUCCCAAUACUUUAGAGCUCACGGUAUAAUAGCAAUCAGCACAAAAAUAUGAAAUCACAAAGGGAAAAGAGACUUUCUUCUGUGUCCCCUAUACUUCAGCCAUUCCAGGAGAUGUUUCCACACUUUUUUAUCUGGAUUGUGAGAGAUGAUGUAUGCCAGUCUUUUCUCUGCCGCUGAUGUUGUUUUCUAUAUACACACACUGUACAUUGCCCCGUGUGCAGUUACUGUAUGUCCCAGGUAUCCUCACAAAAAGUGUUUUUGUUCUCUGUGUAAAGUUACUGCUGGAAUCAUUGUGCUUCUGCCUUAUGGGAGGCUACAAAACUAGUAGCCUGGUCCCAGAUCUGUUUGUGCUUUUGCCUUCUCCAUUGUCAUUGUCAAACCAAUUUCCUAAGCAGUUGACAAGAGAGCAGAAACAGACUGGCACCCAGGCUACAGAACUGGGGCCAACAAAAUAAAAAUACAACUGUCUGUACAAACAUA